UACUUUUUAAACAAAUGAAUCCCUCUCUUCCGCUCCCAUUUCUGUGAUUUCUUGCCCAAACCGAAAUUUUCUCUCCAAUCAAAUCAAGUUGACAAUUUCGAUUCAUCGAUCAAGGUCAAUCGAUUUUAUCAUUACCAAAACAUACAUUUCAUCACUUUUUCACACACACACCACAUUGUCGGAAAGAAAAGAAACAAAUCGAAAUCAAUUAGGCAUUGAUUUGGUUGUUGUUGCAUACCAACUUGAUACAUUGAUUCAUCGAUUUUCCAUUAUUUCUUGAGCAUAUUUUAUCCUAUUUUUCUUUGUUUGCUGGUUGUUGCUAACCAUUUUUUCGAUCCAACUCAAUUGGCCAUCCAUUCUAUCUAUCAACACUGAAUUCCUUCACUAUUUCUUCAUUCACCAAACAAAACCGAAAUAGUAUCACUAUAUUCAUUCAGGCUGAUUUGGAAAGAUAUUUUAUCUUUGCCACCACAAAUUUUGAUUAUCAUCAUUUCAUCAAUCAAAUAAACAAUGAUUAAUCAAAAAGACAUGCAUCAUCAUCAUCAUCAAAUUGCUGGCAAUGGCAAUAUUGGUGAUGGUCAACUCAUCACUAACAACAAUGACGAUGACGAUUGUUUCCUAUUGAUACCGACCGAUUCAUCGCUCUCAUCGUCAUUAUCAUCAAAUGGACAGAUUUCACCUUUGACCAAAACAACCAACAAAAAUGACGAUAAAGCGGUCAUACCCGUUAAUGUUGGCGAUAUCAAUCAGCCAAUAAUGACGUUUGAUUGUUUUUCCUUAACAAGUCAACAAUCAUUUCCUUUCGGCUAUGAUAAUAAUGAUAAUCUCGUUGAUUUGUUGCGAAAAGGUAAAGCAUCUCUGAUCACCAAUCAAGGUACUGCUGAUGAUCAAAAUUAUGACCAAAAUUAUGACCACGCACCACCACCACCACAACAACAAUAUCAUCAACAUUGGUUCGAUUCGAAUAAACAAACAAAUCAUGUGCAUCAUCCAUCAGCAACAUCAACAGCUAGUCAAACCAGCAACCAUAACGAUAACAAUAAUGAUGAUAAUGAUAAUGUGCAAAAUGAUUUCAUUAUGCCCAUUCAAACAUCGAUUGCAAAUUUCAAUAAGCCACGACCACCACCACCAAAAAAUGAACACCAACAUUCACAACCGUUGAUCACAGUGGAUGAUUCCAACUCAACGUCGGGCCAACAUUAUAAAAUCGCAGCACAUCCUCGUCAUUCGGCUAAUUCAGUUGAUUGCAACGAUUCCCAUCCAUUCAAUCAUUUCCAACAACAACCAAAUCAAUUCAUUAUGACCGAUAAAAAUACUGAUGGCAAAAAUAUCCUCCAAUUAGACCAUCCACCCAUCGAUCCAUUAGAUUUUCUUGAACUUUAUCGUCAACGCAACAACAAUGAGCAAUCCAAAUCGCCCUCUUCUUUUUUAUCCGAUGUUCGUUGUCCAAGCGAAUCGCAAUCAAUCACCAAUUCUACCGUAGCUAUACUAUCACCGAGAAAAAAUCGCAAAAAUAAAAAACAGAACAACAACAACAAUGAUGAUGAUGAUGAAAAAUCGUCUACAAAUGAUGAUUCAUCAACAACAGCGGAUAGUUCAUCGGUCACAAUCGAUAAUGAUACGGAUAAAUCAGCAAUGGAACGUGGCCAAUGGUCCGGCAAAUUGGAUUUCAUAUUUAGCUGCAUAUCAUAUGCCGUUGGUCUGGGAAAUGUAUGGCGUUUCCCUUAUCUAUGCUAUGAAAAUGGCGGAGGAGCCUUUCUCUUUCCCUAUCUGAUAUGCAUAUUCGUGAUUGGUGUGCCGUUAUUUUUGAUGGAGGUAUCGCUUGGUCAAUACUUUCAUGCGGGUGGUGUAUCGAUUUGGAACCAGAUUCCCAUUCUGAAAGGUGUUGGCUUUGCAUCGAUGAUCAUGAUCGGCCUAUGUAAUACCUAUUACAUAGUCAUUAUUGCAUGGACAUUAUAUUAUCUAUUCAGUUCAUUACGUGUUCCACUGCCAUGGAUGUCAUGUGAUAAUCCGUGGAAUACUUUGGCAUGUUGGAUCAGUGAUAAAGAUGGUUUGGUUGAAACACCUUCUGGUUCAUUAUCACCUGCGCAAGAAUUUUGGGCUCGUAAAGCAUUGAAUAUUAGUGGUGAUAUGGCCGAAGUUGGUCAAGUUCAAUGGCACCUAUUCGCAACGCUAAUCCUAGCAUGGAUACUGGUCUACAUCGUCAUCUACAAAGGUAUCCACCAAAGUGGCAAAAUAAUCUGGGUGAUGGCCAUGUUUCCAUACGUAAUAUUGACUAUUCUCUUUGGUUAUGGUUUAUCAUUGCCCGGAGCAUUCGAUGGCAUUUCAUUCUACAUAACACCGCAAUGGCAUAUGCUGAAAGAAGCGAAAAUCUGGGUUGCUGCCGGCACCCAAUUAUUAUUCACAUAUGGCAUCGGCAUCGGUACCAAUAUUGCACUGGGCAGCUAUAAUCCCACUAAUCAUAAUUUCUAUCGGUAA